GCGGUAGUUGGUUUCAGUUUCUUGGUUUCACUUUUAAAAUUGCUUGAGCUGGUCAGAGCAGUUAUGGAAAACAACUAAAAAUGGCUCUUUCCCAGGUAUUUUAAAGAUCCUAAAGGCAGUUAAUACUAGUAAAAGAAGUGCUUGGAAGUGACUGCCUAUAAAGAAAGGAACUGAACAAAGGAAAAGUUACAGAAAGCAGAGUAGAGCAAACAAGAUUGGUCAUUACACUGUGACCAUUUUUCUCUUCUUCGAUUUUUGGAACUGUGUUGGAACCUACAAGGUAAUUCACAUGGAUCUAGAAAUUAAAAUGAUGAUGAUGAUUCUUAGGUAAAGAAAUGCACAGCAGCACAAGUUUGCCAUGCCUUGACGGAGGGCUUUGUGGAAUGCUCUGGAACAGCCACUGAGAAGCCAGGAUUAAAACCAAGGAGAAUUGAAAGUUGUGUAACAGAGAAACUGGGGAAAAAACAAAAACAAAGAAGGUGAACACAAAUUCGUUCCCAGCGAAUUGACUGUUUCCUUGUCUUUUGCUGUCAUGCCACAUGCCAGAUCCACGUAAGGCCUGCUCUGUGAUCUCGAGUGAAUUUGGGCAAGUGCACAGGAUGGCUUCAGAUCAACUGGUUUUCUUUGUGAACGGCAAAAAGGUGGUGGAAAAAAAUGUGGAUCCAGAAACAACUUUACUGACCUACCUACGGAGAAAAUUGGGGCUACCUGGAACCAAGCUAGGCUGUGGAGAAGGUGGAUGUGGUGCUUGCACUGUUAUGAUAUCCAAGUUUGACAACUCCCAGAAGAAAAUCGUCCACUACUCUGUAAAUGCUUGUCUGUUCCCCAUCUGCGCAUUGCAUCACGUAGCAGUGACUACUGUUGAAGGCAUAGGGAGCACAAAGACAAGGUUGCAUCCCGUCCAGGAGAGAAUAGCAAAAAGCCAUGGAUCCCAGUGUGGCUUUUGCACUCCUGGCAUUGUCAUGUCCAUGUAUGCAUUACUUCGCAACAGACCUCAACCAAACAUGGAGGAGAUUGAAGAGAAUUUCCAAGGAAACUUGUGUCGCUGUACAGGAUACAGACCCAUUCUGCAGGGGUACAGGACAUUUGCUAGGGACUGGAGUUGCUGUGGGAAGGGAAUCAAUGGCCCAGGCUGCUGUAUGACUGGAAAGGAUGGAGGCUGUUGUGGUAGAAAAGUCAAGGACCCAGGUUGCUGCAUGAAUGAGACAAAAGACAAUGCAGCAAUGGUGUCCUCCAUCUUGUUCAACCCAGCUGAGUUCCAGCCUUUGGACCCCACCCAGGAGCCUAUCUUCCCUCCAGAGUUGCUGACGCAGAAAGACAAACCCCAGGAACAGCUGUGCUUCAAAGGCGAGCGUGUGAUGUGGAUACGGCCCACGACACUCGAGGAGCUGCUGGCACUCAAGGCCCAGUACCCCGAUGCUAAGCUCGUUGUAGGGAACACAGAAGUUGGUAUUGAGAUGAGGUUAAAGAACAUGCUGUAUCCAGUGAUAAUAGCACCAGCUUGGAUCCCUGAAAUGACCUUUGUUCAGCACACAGAGGCAGGUAUUACCUUUGGUGCUGCCUGCACCCUGAGCUUUGUAGAAGUGGUGCUGAAAAAAGCUGUGGCUGAACUUCCUGCCUACAAAACGGAAUUGUUCCAGGCUGUACUAGAACAGCUGCGGUGGUUUGCAGGCCCACAGAUCAAAAACGUUGCAGCUCUUGGGGGAAAUAUAAUGACUGCUAGUCCAAUUUCCGAUCUCAACCCUGUCUUUAUGGCUUGUGGUAGCAAAUUGACUUUGGUGUCAAAUGAGGGCAAAAGGACUAUAAGAAUGGAUGAAAAGUUCUUUACUGGUUACAGAAAGACAGUACUAAAGCCUAAGGAGAUACUGCUCUCCAUUGAGAUGCCUUACUCUAGGAAGGAUGAGUAUUUCUCAGCCUUUAAGCAGGCUUCCCGUCGGGAGGAUGACAUUGCUAUAGUGACCUGUGGAAUGAGAGUCCUGUUUCAAGAAGGUAGCAACCGAGUCCAGGAGAUUAAGCUGGCCUAUGGAGGAAUGGCUCCCACAACCGUACUGGCAGAAAAAACUUGCCAGGAUCUUAUCAGCAGAGAGUGGAAUGAAAAUCUGCUGCAGGAAGCCUGCCGCCUGUUGGCAGAGGAGAUGAACCUGUCUCCUUCAGCUCCCGGUGGGAUGGUGGAGUUCCGACGCACGCUCACGCUCAGUUUCUUCUUUAAAUUUUAUCUGAUAGUGCUUCAGAAAUUAAACAAGCCACCCAACGGGAAUAAUAACUUUGAUGAGUUGGUCCCCUCCAAAUACAUGAGUGCCACUGAGGUGUUUCAUAAAGAUCCUGUUGCCAACGUCCAACUCUUCCAAGAAGUGCCUGCAGGACAAUCUGUGGAAGAUAUGGUGGGACGGCCCGUGGUGCACUUUUCAGCAGUCAAACAGGCAUGUGGAGAGGCUGUCUAUUGUGAUGACAUACCUUGCUAUGAAAACGAACGCUACUUAACACUGGUCACCAGCACAAAAGCCCAUGCCAAAAUUAUUUCUAUAGAUACAACUGAAGCCCAGAGUGUCCCCGGGUUUGUGUGUUUCGUCUCUGCUAAGGAUAUUCCUGGGAGUAAUGUCACUGGGAUUGCUAAAGAUGAACCUGUUUUUGCUGAUAACACGGUCACUUGUGUUGGCCAUAUCAUUGGUGGAGUGGUUGCAGACACACAUGAACAUUCCCGAAGAGCUGCUAAAGCUGUAAAGAUCGAAUAUGAAGACCUCACACCUAUUGUCACCAUUCAGGAAGCUAUCGAGAAACAAUCCUUUUAUCAGUCUCCAAGGAAGAUUGAGAAAGGAAAUGUCCAGAAAGGAUUUGAAGAAUCUGAUCAUGUUGUAGAAGGGGAAAUGUACAUUGGUGGGCAGGACCACUUUUAUCUGGAGACUAACUGCGCCAUUGCCGUGCCUAAAGGUGAAGAUGGAGAGAUGGAACUGUUUGUGUCCACCCAGAAUCCUACCAAGACACAGGACUGUGUUGCCAGUGCAUUAGGGGUCCCAGCGAAUCGAAUUUUAGUUCGAGUGAAGAGAAUGGGAGGAGGUUUUGGAGGCAAGGAGUCCAGAAGUACUCUUUUGUCAACAGCAGUAGCUGUGGCUGCAUUCAAAACUGGUCACCCCGUACGAUGCAUGCUGGAUCGAGAUGAGGAUAUGCUGAUUACUGGUGGGAGACACUCCUUUUUGGGACGCUAUAAGGUUGGCUUCAUGAAGAGUGGUAAGAUCAAUAGUUUGGAGGUGUCAUACUACAGCAACGGGGGCAACUCUGAGGAUCUUUCUGUGGCCGUUAUGGACAGAGCUUUGUUUCACAUGGAUAACUCUUACAACAUCCCCAACAUCAAAGGUGUGGGUACAGUUUGCAAGACUAACUUGUCCUCCAACACAGCAUUUCGUGGAUUUGGAGGUCCCCAGGGAAUGAUGGUCGCUGAGUGCUGGAUGAGUGACGUUAUCCUGACGUGUGGUCUGCCAGCAGAGCAGGUGCGAAAGCUGAAUCUUUACAAUGAAGGAGACCUGACCCAUUUUAACCAAAAGCUUGAAGAGUUCACUUUGCGAAGAUGCUGGAAAGAGUGUCUAGAGAACUCAAAGUAUUGUCUCAGAAGGAGACUCAUUGAUGAAUUCAAUAGACAAAAUCGCUGGAAGAAGAGGGGGAUAGCCAUUAUUCCUACGAAGUUUGGGAUCAGCUUCACUCUUUCCUUUUUGAAUCAGGCUGGGGCUCUGGUACAUGUGUAUACAGAUGGUUCAGUGCUGCUUACACAUGGUGGGACUGAGAUGGGUCAAGGACUUCACACCAAGAUGAUCCAGAUUGCCAGCAAAACUCUGGGAAUCCCCACCACCAGCAUUCACAUCAGCGAGACCAGCACUAACACGGUCCCAAAUACCUCUCCAACAGCCGCUUCUGUCAGCGCAGACAUCAAUGGGAUGGCUGUCCUCAAAGCAUGUCAGACUAUUUUGGAAAGGCUAGAGCCAUUCAAAUGUUCAAACCCCAAAGGAUCCUGGAAGGACUGGGUGGGAGCAGCCUACGUUAACAGUGUUAGCCUGUCAGCCACAGGAUUUUAUAGAAUUCCUGACCUUUGCUAUGACUAUGAGAAAAAUGAAGGAAGUCCUUUCAAUUAUUUCUCUUAUGGGGUUGCUUGCUCCGAGGUUGAGAUAGACUGCCUGACAGGUGACCACAAGAACGUUCGCACAGACGUAGUAAUGGAUGUUGGCACCAGCCUGAACCCAGCCAUAGAUAUCGGACAGGUAGAGGGAGCAUUUAUCCAAGGCCUUGGGCUCUUUACCAUGGAGGAGUUACGCUAUUCCCCUGAAGGAGACUUGUAUACCCGAGGGCCUGGAGCGUACAAGAUCCCAGCGUUUGGAGACAUCCCAACUGAGUUCUGUGUCUCUCUUCUCCGGGACUGUCCCAACAGCAAAGCGAUUUAUUCAUCUAAGGCUGUGGGUGAGCCUCCCCUGUUCCUGUCUGCCUCUGUGUUUUAUGCCAUUAAAGAUGCCAUCUUCGCUGCAAGGGCAGAAUCUGGCCUGACAGAGCCAUUCAGACUAGACAGCCCUGCCACCCCGGAGAGGAUCCGCAAUGCCUGCGUCGACAUGUUCACCAAAUUGUGUCCACCUGCCAAAUCAGGGACCUUUAAGCCCUGGUCUGUGAGGGUAUAAAAGGGAAGUUUAAGGAACAAGGUCUGUUCAUGAAGCUGGUUUUACGCCAUGGGACCAAAAAGAAAAACUCUGUGGCAGAAAACAAAUCUGUAUUCAUGUGUCUCAUCCAUUGAUUCAUGAAGCUCUAUAAUCCAAUUGUUGAAUCAUCAAUUCCAUGAGGAAAGGGUAUUCAUCGCAGGUUAUUGCUGGGAUGAAAAUGUAAAUGAAGAGUAAAUUGAUGGCUUUGCUGUCUGUGUAAUUGAAAAUCUUACAAGGUUCAUUUAAGUUUGCUGCAGAAUCAGAGAAAUGAUUACAACAAGCUUGUUUAUAAAAGCAUUUAUUUUUGUUAAGUUUGAUUAUAAAACUCUGAGAUGUGUUAAACUGGGGAGGACUUGGAUGUGCUAAAUCCAGUCAAAAUGGUCUUUUUUCCUUUCUGCACGUUGAAGUCGCUAACCAGAACUGGUGUAAGCAGAUAUUACUUUGUUGACUUGAAUGGAGUGUUGCCCACUUAUAUCUGGUUGGAAUUUGGCCUCUGUUUUAUGACAGUUAAAUGGCUGCACUGAUUGAUUCGUAGAUUCCAAAGCCAGAAAAGACCAUUGUGAUCAUCUAAUCUGACUUCCUGUAUAACACAGGCCAUAGAACUUUCCCAAAAUGAUUUCUAGAGCAGAGCUUUUAGAAAAACAUCCAAUCUUGAUUUAAAAAUGGUCAGUGAUGGAAAAUCCACCAUGACCUUUGGUAAAUUGUUCGUUCCAAUGGUUAAUUAUCCUUUCUGUCAAGAAUGUAUGCCUUAUUUCCAGUCUGAAUUGGCCUAGCUUUAAUUUCCAGCCAUUGGAUUGUGUUUUACCUUUCUCUGCUAGAUCGCAGAGCCCAUUACUAAAUAUUUGUUCCCGAUGUAGGUACUUAUAGACUGUAAUCAAGUCACCCUUAACUUCUCUUUGUUAAAGUAAAUAAAUUGAGUUCAUUGAGCUUAUCACUAUAAGGCAUGUUUUCCAAUCAUUUAUAUGGCUCUUCUCUGAACCAUUUCCAAUUUAUCAGCAAUCUUUUUGAAUUGUGGGCGCCAGAACUGGACAUCAUAUUCUAGUAGCAGUCACACCAGUGCCAAAUACAGAGGUAAAAUAACCUCUCUACUCCUACACAAGAUUUCCCUGUUUAUGAAUCCCAGGAUGGCAUUAGCUUUUUUGGCCACAACGCCAUGUUGGGAGCCCGUGUUUAGCUGAUUAUCCACCAUGACCCCCAAAUCUUUUUCAGGGUCACUGCUUCCCAGAAUAGAAUUGUCCAUUCUGUAACUAUAUCCUACAUUCUUUGUUCCUAGAUAUAUACAUUUACAUUUAUGUAUAUCAAAAUGCAUAUUGUUUGCUUGCACGCAGUUUACCAAGUUUCUAGGCUAGACAUUUUAAAAUAUUUAUAUCUAAAAUUCAGCUCAAAACGUUAUGGCUGGGUGACAGAAUAUUGCCCUGUGUUCACACACUACUCCCUAUUGUAAUAAUUUUUGUACAAAAUAUGCCUUGUAAGUAUUAUUAGAAAACUCAUAAUUUGCUGAUCAGUAUCAUCCUGCUAAAAUAAGUAUGGCAAUAUUGUGUGCGAAGCUAUAAGAUUCCGCUGUAUAGUGUUAUUAACACGUUCCAAACUGAGAUUGGCAAACAGGCCUGUCUUAAACAAAGAAAUGUGUACUCUACUGAAUUUGCAUUUAAUCAAUAAACAGUAAGCAAGAAGGGGAAACAAAGGAAGCUUAAACAGAUGAGGAAAAAGCAGCAAGAACAUCCUUCCACAUAGACUUUUUGUCUCCUGGUACCCAGCUGGAAAUGUUUUUCCAGAGAGGAACUGAAACUAUAAAAACAAGGGACAAACACUCCAAAACACUUUGAUCUCUCUCCUUGCCCAUCACAUUCACUGUACCCGAAGCAACAAAGGAAGCACUUGUUGAACUCUGGGAAGAGGGGUCCUGACCUUAGCGGUUUGGCAAGUAAGACUGGUGAAGGCAUGUGGUGAGAAAACUUUGUUUUGAAUUUAGUAUAGUUUGUUAAGUUAGGUACGAGUUGCAUUUUAUCUUUAUUUUUCUUGUAACCAUUUCUGACUUUUAUGUCGCACUUAAAAUUUUGAAUUCACUUAAAAUAUCUUUCUUUAUAGUUAAUAAACUUGUUUCAUUGUUUUAUCUGA